CCCGAAGGCUCGCUGGAUACACGUUACAUUUAUGGGUGCUGCUGGAGCUGGUCUCCACCAGCCUCAGGAGAACUAAACAAGCCAGACUGCUGGCGAGUCUGACGACCUGCAGGACAGGCAGGAAACUACAGGCACAAUCUGUGGAUCUCUAACCCUCCUCUUCCUCCAGACUGACACACAGUUGAUGUAUUUACCCCUGCAGGCAGCGUUGCAGCAUCUAAGGCAGGUGCGCUUGACGAGAGCGCUCACUCCGAACCCGUCCCACUGAAGAACCGCAUGGCUGUGUACCAGGCAGCUGUUUCCAAACAGGACAAAAACAGCUUCUCCAGCACGGUCAUGGAGGACGCCGAGGUUUGUUCUCUGCCUGGAGGGCUGGCCAGCGUCCGUAGACAGUUUGAGAGUGAGGUCAUGUCUUCAGCUCACACGGUCACCCAGAUUCAUCACACACACAGAUCUGUGCAGGAGGUGUCAAAUUCAUCAGCGAUGAGUGUGGCGAGCAGCAGCGGGGGUCGACAAGUCUCGCAGCAGGUCUUCCUCCAGGAUGAAAGGACUGCACAUGAUCAAAUCACUCAUAACCGAGAAGUGAUUUCCAGUUAUGAAAAUAAUCACAAUGAAUCAGAGGAGGAAGAGUACUAUCCAAGGCUCUCAGCUAAAGAACUGGCACAGCAUUUUGAAAAGACCAUUGAAGAGGCAGCCCCCAGCAAGAAAAUUAAGAUUGAACGUGACAAAAGCCGUUCACAGAUGCCAUCAGAUGUGAGUGCAUCCCAUCAAACUGUGAAGAGUGAGAUAUCAAGGUCUCUGAACAGUGUUUCCACAGACAAAGCAGAAGAAGAUAAACCAAGUUCUGUGUUUGCUUUUGAUGAGGACGAUGAUGACGAUGAUGAUGAUGAUCUGGAAUAUCUGCCACCGCCCCCACCGGACUUACUGGAGGAACCUUCAGAUGAUGUGGAGAAUUUCCCUGAACCUCCAGCUCACCCAGUGAAACACACAGUAAACCGAGAGCAAUAUUGCAGACAGAGAGAGCUAUUAGAGUUGAAACGUCUCUGCAAACAUAUCCACCCUGAUGUCAGGAAAGAGCUGGAAAAAGAUUUCUACAAUGAUGAGGACAUUGAAGCAGUAGGAGACGUUCAGGAGGUAGCAUACCAGUUUGAACACGCUGGCAGCAAUUCAAACGGAAGCCCGGAUCGCGAAUAUUUGGAGUGGGACGAGAUUCUGAGAGGUGAAGUUCAGUCCAUGCGCUGGAUGUUUGAGAACAAACCUUUGGACUCCAUUAAGAAUGACUCAGAUAAUGAAGAGGAUAGCAAAAAGAUCAUUCAGCAGGAAAUCAUUGCUGGAGGUGAUGUUAGGAACACAGCUAUGAUGUUCGAGAUGCAGCCCAUGGAUACAGUGGGACUGCAACACGAUUCAGCUAAACGGAACUAUCUAGUAAAUGAAGUGGGGAAAAGAGAUGUUCGUGCGGCCGCUUGGUUGUUCGAGACAAAGCCGAUGGAUACGCUAAAUAAAAUUCACACUGAUGAUGAGCAAACCAAAGAAGUCAUCUUCACACAAGAAACCACUGAAGGGGAUGUGAAGUCUGUGAGGUAUAUGUUUGAAAACCAAGAAAUGGAUUCUUUGGGAGACACGGAAACCAUGGAUGAGAAGCAACUGCUGAGCCUGAAGUCUGUACUAGAGGAGAUCAAGUCAGAAGUGAAGAAAGUCAUAUGGAUGUUUGAGACACAAUGCAUGUGUGUUAUGAGGGAACAAACCGGUGAAAUGGUUCUGAUUACUUCUGUCCGUCGAGAGGAGACGGAGAAAGGGGAUGUCAAAACAUCAAGAUGGCUCUUUGAAACGCAGCCUUUGGAUGAUAUUGACAUGGAACUUUCUCAGGUCAGGCUCAUCUCCAGUAUAUCCAUGGAAGACAACCAGCUGGAUGGUGUGAAAAGAGGAAGGUGGCUGUUUGAGACCAAGAGGCUUGACUCUAUAAAUGCUCAGUGGGAGAGACUGCAACAGCAGCAGAAAGAUGAAAUUAUUGGGGCGGAUGUACGAAAACACUGCAUGGUGUUCGAGACGCAGCCUAUGGACACGCUUAAAGAUGAUGCCAACUCCAGACCUGUCACGACAGAACAGAUUAUUGGAGGUAAUGUUCGCUCUGUGAGACACUUAUUUGAAAAUGCUCAACUGGAUGAACUCAAAGAGCUUCCUGAGGUGGGAAAACUAAAUAAAAAGGCAGUGUUUGAAGAAGGAAAAGGUGAUGUGAGACACCAGAAAUGGGUGUUUGAGAAUAAACCGCUGGAGAAAAUCAAAGAUGAGGAUGAUGAGGUAAACCGACUUAAGAAAACCAUAGCAUCUGAUGAAGAAAGAGGUGAUGUGAGACAUCAAAAAUGGCUGUUUGAGAACCAACAUUUGGAAGACAUUCAAGAGGAAAAGAGACAGUUCAUGAAAACAAUUGAUUCUGAACAAAUAGAUCAAAGUUACAAGGGUGAUGUCCUCAGAAAUUGUUGGGUGUUUGAAACGCAACCGAUGGAUACAUUGAAGGACGAUUCCAAUGCCAGGCCAGUAAGUGCAGAGGAAAUUAUUGGAGGUGACGUUCAAUCUGCCAGACAUUUUUUUGAGACUGCUCCAAAAGAUGAGAUUAAAGAGCUUGCAGAGGUGGGGAAACUCAAAAGAACGAUGACAUCUGAGGAGAAGGGAGAUGUUAGACACCAGAAGUGGCUGUUUGAGAGCCAGCCGCUGGAGCUGAUCGGAGAGGAGAAAAAGGAAAUAACAAGAACUGUGAAUCUGGAGGAUAUCGAAAAUGUGGAUGUAAGCAAUUACAAGCAAAUCUUUGAAACAUAUGAUUUAAGCCAAUAUGACGAAAGUCAGAAGAUUCAAGUGGAGGGUGUAACCACUGGCUAUGUGAGAUCAAAUAAAGAUUUAUUUGAGUCCAUGCCAUUGUACGCUUUGCAAGACAGCUCCGGGCAUUACCACGAAGUCAGAACCGUACGGCGGGAAGAAAUCGUCAAAGGAGAUGUCAGAAGCUGCCAGUGGAUGUUUGAAACUCGCCCAAUUGACCAAUUCGACGAGAGCAUCACUAAAUUCCAAAUCAUAAAGGGCAUAACCCAACAAGAGGUCGAAUCUGGAGAUGUCAAGACAGGAAAAUGGCUUUUUGAAACCCAGCCACUCGAUGCCAUUAAGUAUUUUAGCAAUAUUGAAGACGAGGAGUGUGUUACUACGGAAACAGCAGAAAUAGUGAAAGGUGAUGUUAAAACCUGUAAGUGGCUUUUUGAGACCAAACCUAUAGACAUGCUUUAUGAAAGGGAAGAGUUUAAGAGUACAAAAGAUUCUGGUGAAAUUCAAAAAGGGGAUGUAAAAACAUGCACUUGGCUUUUUGAAACUCAAACCCUUGAUGCCAUACAGGAUAACUCUGAGACAGUGUUGCAAACUCACACUGUGAAACAAGAGGACAUUCAUGGAAAAGAUGUCCGCAUGGUACGUUUCCUGUUUGAGACAGAAAACCUGGAGAACAUUGCUGGAGAAGAGCAGGAAGCUUUUAAGAGUGUGACUGAGAUAGACAUACAAUCUGGAGAUGUGUCUCGGAUGAAAUACAUAUUCGAGACCCAAUCUUCUGACGUGAUGAGCUCAACCUCUGAGGAUGUCAUGAGACAGCUGAGGAGUGCUCAGGCUGAGGAUAUUCAGAAAGGAAAUGUUGGAAACUGCAAAUGGCUAUUUGAAAACCAGCCCAUAGAUGCAAUCUCAGAGACCCCCAGUGAGCUGAAAGGGGCUCGCACAGUACAAGAUGUUCAGGGAGGCAACGUUGAUAAAGGCAGAUUCAUUUUUGAGACCUACUCGUUAGAUGAGAUUCAAGACACGUCCUCUGAGGCCGAAAUGAGAAGGCUGCAGAAAGUCAUCAGAGAGGAUGAGGAGAAAGGAGAUGUAAAAACUUAUGCCAUGAUGUUUGAAACUCAGCCUCUCUAUGCCAUCCAAGACAAAGAAGGCCAUUAUCAUGAAGUGACCACACUUACAAAAGAAGAAAUACAAAGAGGUGAUGUAAUAGGAGCCCGCUGGCUGUUUGAAACAAAGCCUCUGGACUCAAUUAAAGAGACAGAUGAAGUCUACCUCUUAAAAGCUGUUACAGAGGAAGAUAUCCACAAAGGUGAUGUCAGCUCAGCGAGAUGGAGGUUUGAAACCCAGCCCCUUGAUAAGAUUGCAGAAGAUGCCAAAAUAUCAAUCAAAACUGUUGAGGACAUUCAGGGAGGAGAUGUUAAAACAAACAAGCAGCGUUUUGAAUCUGAUGCAAUGUCUCAAAAGAUGGUACGUACUGUCAGCAUGAGUGAGAUUCACAAGGGGGAUGUUAGGACAGCGAAAUGGAUGUUUGAAACUCACACAAUAGACCAGAUACAUGCUGAAAAGUCAGAAGAUGAGAUGAACACUGUUGUUAUGGAAGAACAGCUGAAGGGGGAUGUUAAACAGUCUGUGUGGCUAUUUGAAAAGAAUCCUCUUGAUCAUAUUAAUGACAGUGAUGAAAGUAAACAGGUAACUUGUGAAGACAUCCCCAAAGCAGAUGUAAAAACCACAACAUGGCUUUUUGAAACGACCCCAUUCACUGAAUUUAAUGAGAGCUGCUUAGAGAAGCCAGAAGUCAUUGGUAAAAGUGUCAAAGCCACCCUCGAUGAACUGUACACCCAGAGAAUGGUAGACUCCAAAGGCAUCAUCAUAGAGGCAGAUGAAAUUGGAGAUAUCCGCAUGGCUAAGUACAACCUCAUGAAUAAAGAAGCUCCCCAAAUCCAAAGAGAAGACAUCAUUAAAGGAGAUCUGCAAAGCAUCAUGAUUAACCUCCUCAACAGACAGGAGAAAACGGAGAAAAAAAUCAUUAUAAAUGCAGAGGAGAGGGGAGACAUCAGCGGCACCGUGCAACAGCUGCUCCAAGAGCGCAGUGGCACCUCUGUAGAGAAAGAGGAGAUAAUAAGAGGUGACAUUCAGGAAGCCAUAAACAACCUGCUAAAAGAUGAGAGCACUGGCAAACGGGGCAUUCUCAUUCAAGAAGACGAAAAGGGGGAUAUUCGUAUGACCAUCUACUCUUUAUUCAAUUCUCACGAGGAAUCAAACAUUCAGAAAGAAAAUAUAGUCAGAGGUAAUGUGAAAGGCUGCCUAGAGAGACUUUGCAAUCCAGACACAGAGGAGAUUGCGAGAAUUAAAGUGGAUGAAGCAGAAAGGGGAAAGGUGAGCUUUUAUUCUACGUGUAUUGAGUCUGGUGCACUCGAUUACCUCAAAAAGCUGCAGGUAGAGCCAGAUGAGGCAGACCCAGGUAAAAUUGAAAAAGAGGAAAUCAUUGGUGGUGAUAUUAAAGAAAUGAAACUCAGCCUGACACGUAAUCAAGCUCAAAUCGGUCGUCUGGUGGACAGGGAAGAUAUAGUCCCGGGCGAUGUGCAUAACACAGUUAAGGUUUUCAUGACCGAGCCUCCAGUCUCAUUUGAACACUUACAGAGAGAAGAGAUUGUGAGAGGAGACCUGCAAGCAGCGAUGAAUUCACUGACACAGUCUGUAAACCAGGCAGUUGUUUUGGAGAAAGAAGUUGUCGUUCGAGCUGAUUUACCUACAACACUGAGGUCUCUAGAGGAGGCCCAGAAUCAGCCCAGAGAGGUGGAAAAGCCCGAAAUCAUUCCUGGUAACAUCAAAGGAGCACUGAAAUCACUCAAAAACUCAGCUUCCACCAAGGUAGAAAUUGUCAUAGAAGAUUUAGUGCCAGGUGACAUCAAAGGUAAGUUGAAAUCGCUGGAGGAGGCCAAAUAUGCAGUGAAAGAAGUGGAGAAGGAGAUGAUUGUAAAGGGUGACAUUCACACGGCAAUACAGAGUCUACAAGAAGCGUCAAAUGAGAGAAAGGUUUACCAGCAGGAGAUUGGUGUCCAGGGAGAUGUGAAAGGCAAGAUUCAACUCUUACUCGAGCCUCCUCCGUCUCCCAGAAUGCAACGCAGGGCAAGCACAGAGGGAGAUGUGAAGCUUUCCAUAAAAUCACUCUACGACACCCAAGAGCAAGUGCAAUCAGAGAAAGAAGAGGUGAUAAAAGGAGAUGUUAAGGGCACAAUAAAAUCUUUAAUGGAAACAGCACGGAGAGCGAGCCCAACGAUUCCCCGAAGGGAGCCGAUAAGAAAGGCCAAAGUUCCCGUCAAGACCUCAUCUCCGUCAGUGAAAGACAUCCCGGCAGAGAGUCCUACCCCUGUGGUCAAAAACCUUGAUGUGAGCAGUGAAUCACAGAGGAGCACUCACAAGCAAUCAACGCAAAACAGAUAUGCAUCUCAAGAGAGUACUACAAUCACCGGCCACACCACAACAUGCAACCAGGAGACAAAAACCACAGUGCUGGAGCACAAAACAAUUGUACAAACACACGGUGUCAAAACAUUAAAGACUGACUUCCGUAACCUCAAAAAAAGUGGCUGUAAGGGUUUAAUCAGGCUGGAUAAAAGAAAACAGAAGGAAAUGUAUAUGCCACCUCCUCCUUCUGACCCUGAACCCCCACUGCCUCCCCCUCCAUCACCCCCUCCGGAUUAUGAUAGCAUCUUAUUUCCAACUCCACCUCCUAGCAUCAGGGGUGAUCAUGAUCUUCCUCCUCCACCCACUCCUCCUCCUCCUUGUGAUCCAGCCAAGACAGAACUUGACCAUUUACCUCCUCCACCAACCCCACCACCUCCUCCUCUUGUUCCAGCCACGGCUGAGCUAGACCUCCUCCCUCCCCCUCCCACAGAGCAGGAGCUGGACGUCCUUCCACUGCCCAGCAUAACACCAUCCAAACCUACUAAGAUGACUGUCAAACCCAUAAAAGUGCCAAUGUUGUGCAAAGUACCCAAACUUGAGCCAGCAAUUUCAUUCGAGAAAAUGGAUGGGCAGGCUGCGCAAGAGACCAGGUGUAGAAAAAAUGUCACCACAUCAUCGGCCAGUUGCACCGUGUUAUCCUCUGAAAUUCAGUCUGCAUUUACAAAACAGCCACCGGAGUCUCCACGGCCUCCCAAGAAAGUUUUCGCCCCCUUGACACUCACCCCACCCGCCUCUCCUCCUCCACCAUGCAAAUCCCCAGUAAGCAAAUUCAAAACCCCAUUAAUAAAAGCCGAACAGAAGUACAGACAGCAGAGGGAGGAAAGCUGCACGCCACCACCGCCGUGCACCCCGGCCUUUGAAAUCCGUAUGCACGAGUCAGUCAGCGCAGCCCUUGAAAUGCUUUCUUCAGAGAGCACGGGCACGGUGCAAUCAGAGGCAAGCAUAUCAUUUGAUUUCACUCAAGAGAGAGCUCAAAAGAGUGUGACCAAAUCCGAAUCAGCCGCAGACUCAUAUGAUUCAUCCAAGCACACAGCUCUCUCAAACGCUCCCCCAAGCAAGGCUUUGAUCGCUGCAGCAAAUGAGAAAUCUCUUCCAGAAUCUCCUGUUAUUUCCUCAGUUAAACAGAGCAUUAUCUCUAAUCAGUCAUCUCAGGGCUCUUCAGGUCAGCAGCAGACCACCUCCACUUCAACUAAAAAGAAAAAGAAGAGAUCCAUGACAACUAAUAUACAGCAGGUGACGAGGACGGUUAUUAAAAACACAACACAAGAAGAAAUAAAGGCCUCUGUCAAAACAGACGAACCUCAAAGUGUCUCUAAAAGUGUAUCCGAGACUGUUGGAAAAGAUGUGAGCAGCAUAUCUUUAUCUGAGGACAAAACAAAAGAGGAAAGCUCUCCAAAGAAAAAUCAAGAAAAAAACUCCCCUGAUCGAUCCAAACCAAACAAAGAGAGUCAAAUUAAGGAUGCUGAGCAGAAGCCACAAAAGGUCGACAGUCAAAAAGCAAAGAAAGUUAGCAAGAGCACUAAACUGGAGAGCAAAGAGAAAACCACAGCGGAGCCUGAAAAUGUUCAAGUGAAAGAAAGCACUGAAAGAAGCCCCACGGAAACAGAGGGUGAAGUGGAGAAAGAGGCCAAAGUGAAACCUGUAGAGGAGCCCCCUGCCACUCCAAAAAAGAAAAGGAGGAGCAAGAAUAAGAAAGACAGAGAGACAGCUCAAGGCAACAAUGCCGCAUCCCACUCGCCCACAGAAGCCACACCUGCUGAGCCUAAGUGGCCAGUCCUGACGUCUGAUAAAAAACAAGAGGAAAUCACUGUUGAGCAAACACAGCAGUCCAUUCAAACGGGACACACAGAGGUUUACAAGGAGGUCAUCAAAACUGAAAGUACAGUCCAACAGCAGAGUUUCCAGGAGGAGGGCAUGACUGUGAAAUUUCAAAAGCAGGCCGGUGGAAGCCAGCAGAUUCCUGAGGAAUCAAAAGAUGAAAGCAGAAAUGUUCCAAUAAAAAUGACAGGGAAAUCUGCACAAAAGGAGCCUGCUGAGUCCUUGGCUGAGAGUGGCAGCACAUAUCUAAGUCAAACUGAAGCGCUAAAGAUGUUGUCUCAUAUCUCAGAGUUACAGGGGGUUGAAGGAAAAAUAGACUCUAAGUCUGUGAAGACGUUGCUCAAUGAGAUGCCUGCCUGGCUUCUGGGGCCAGAGGAGAAGAGUGAUUUGGAAGGGGCAGCGGCCGAACACAAUGAACAGAAGCUCAAAGAAAUUCUCACUCAUGUUAAAAACCUAGUUCAAGCUAAGCUAAUGCACUUUGACGGCACUAUUGAAAAGCAUGAAUGUGAGGCCACCUCUGAAAAAUUAGUCUCUAGUGGAGCCACGCAAAGGAUUUCGAAGAUUUCAAUUGGUUCUACAAAGUGUAAAACGCAGAAAGUGGUCAAGGAGGAGACGAAGACAACGCGCAAGAGCCGAAAGCAACAACUGAGCAGCGUUACAACUCUCGACCCCAGAGCUCCGUCCCCAUUGUUACGGAUGCGCUCUCCCUCACCCACGUUCAUCACUAUCGAGUCUACGAGGAGAACUGAUUCGCCACAGAGAGCAACACCCUCGCCAUCCCCAAUGCCACCGACACCUCCGCCACGCAGGUCUGAGACGCCAAGCUCUCGCUUAAGCAGGGCCACUCCCUCACCCUCAUCGAGCCGGGCAGAUAGUCUAACGCGGCUCAGAAAUGCCACAGCGACGCUCUCCCGUGGAGCUUCGCCCGACCCGGUGCCUCAUGUGAUUGCGGUCACCGGAAAGAAGUCUGAAAUCGUGGAAUCUCCUGCCACAUUCCAUCGGCAGAUCAAAAUCGAUUCUAAAUCUACUGAAGAGAAAAGGGUCAAAAAGACUUUUGAAACAGCACUGGUGACCGCUGAAGUGAUUAAUGCUAAUGUAAAUGGAGAUGCUGUUAAUAUUCUUGAGCGUUUAGGCCCCAACACAGAGGACACAAAGUCUGAAAGUGCAGUGAAAGAGAAGGAAAAUUUCUCUAAGAUGGACCUAUUUGGAAUAGCCAAAACAAUAGAGUCGUCAGAGGAGAAAGUUGGUAUUAGAAAAGACCAAGCUGACAAAACAGAGAAGCCUGGCAGGGAAACUGAGGACCUGGAGCUUGAUACGGAAAAGAAAGCAAGACAACAAGAGGAUAUUCCUGCUUUCAACAUCAAGGAUAUUAAAAAUGUUUUUGAAAUGAGUGAGCAAAGUUCCCCCAUCAAAGCGCUACAAAACAAACAGGAGGAACAGGAGUCAAGAGUGAGUGAAAUUGCAUCUGAAGGUUCAAAGCCUGAGCUUCCUCCAGAGAGGGAACAAUGCUCCCAGCUGAGCUCCCCUCCGCCCGUGUGCAAAGACGUGAAAGUAGACGAGUCUGUCAAUCCAACAGGCUUUUCGGAGACAAAAGCAGUCACUGAACAUUAUUCUUCUGUUGACGAGUUUGGCACUAAAAUUAUCGGAUCAAGAAGCACCACGACGGUUUCCAAGCACACUCAAAGCGUUACAACGCAACGGGUGCCUUUUUCCUAUGCUGAUGCUGUGAAGAAAAAGACGUCAGAGGUAAAGGUGUCACCUGAGGCCUCUGCAGAGGAACUGAUGAAGAACUUCCAGAAAACAUGGGCAGAAAGUGAGAGUGUGUUCAAAAGCUUAGGUGUCACAGAUUCGAGUACCAAAGUCCGAGAUGUGUGCAGUGUGCAAGAAGAGGGUUUACCCCAUGGAAGGCCUGAUAGCAGACAAAAAGAAGUUCCAUAAAUCCUGUUUUUUCUGUGAGCACUGCAAAAACAAGUUGAGCCUUGGAAACUUUGUUUCUCUCCAUGGACAUUUAUACUGCCAGACACAUUAUAAACAACUCUUCAAGUCUAAAGGGAAUUUCGAGGAUGGAUUUGGUCAAGGAUUGCAGAGGGAAUUACUGGGCGGUCGGGAUGCAGGGAAUACAAACCACGAAGGAUCGGAUUGGAGAUAUUCACUUUCACAAAGUAGCAUGUGCUCACUGUCAGACGCGUUUGAAAAAGAAGCAAAUAAACCCGAUCAAAGCCCUAACAAAAUUUCUGUAGUGUGGCCUCCACAAGCAGCCUCUCUGAAAAAAACUUUCUCUUUGGAUCAGGAUGUCAAAUUAGUGAAACCCGUUUGGCCCCCAAAGAGCGAGACUUCAAAGUCUCCUAAGCACCAACGUCGGAAAGCAUCUCAGAGGACUACACUUUAGGAGGAGUGCUACAAGGCCUUGGGGCGGCGGUGAAAGAGCAACAGGGAGAGCGAGAGAGACAUCUCAUCUAUCAGCAACACACAAAGCAUGUCACAACAGCAGUGAAGUAUUGUGGGAACUUUAGAAACACGAGGACACAUCACGAUGAUGAAGAGCUUCGAAUGCAGGGUGAAAAUCUUGCCGUUGGACGGGCGAGGAAAGGUGGAGAGAGAGACAGUGGAGGUGAAAAGGUAACAGGAAGUUGAUAAGGAUUGUGGGAAAUGACAAAUAUGCUGUGUAUAUACUGUAUAAAGUAGACGCAGGUUCAGAGGGUUUGUUUGUAAUGUUGAAAGAAAGAACUAUAAGAAAGUGAAAUAUGAAGAUAACGUGGAAACCAAUCUAAAAUAUAAAUCAAAAAUAUGUCCAGGUCACGUUAUUAUGGAAGCUUAUUUCCGCCACUAAAUAAAAAAAAGAUAAUUGCGGCUUUUUAUCUCACAA